AUGGCCGCCCAGAAGUCUUUCCUCGAUGCCGUCAAGGACCGUCGCACCAUCUACCAGCUCAACAAGGAGGCUCCCAAGUCUGACAAGGAGAUCGUUGACAUCGUCAACCAGAUCGUCCUGCACGUUCCCUCCUCGUUCAACUCGCAGUCCACCCGCGUCGUUGUCCUUCUCAACCAGGAGCAUGAGAAGUUCUGGGAGCUGACCAAGGAGGUCCUCAAGCCCCAGGUCCCUGAGGAACAGUACAAGUCCGGCACUGAGCCCAAGCUCAACGGCUUCAAGGGCGCCUACGGAACUAUCCUCUUCUUCGAGGACCCCCAGCCCGUCGAGGACCUGCGCAAGGCCUUCCCCAUCUACGCGCACCACUUUGGUGACUGGUCGGAGCACACUUCCGCCAUGCACCAGUUUGCCGCCUGGACCGCGCUCGAGGCUGAGGGCUUCGGCGCCAACCUCCAGCACUAUAACCCCAUUGUGGACCAGAAGAUUCAGAGCGAGUGGAACGUUCCCCAGCAGUGGAAGCUGAGGGCUCAGCUCGUCUUCGGUGGAAAGGCGGGCGAGGCCGGAGAGAAGCAGUUUAAGCCUCUCGAGGAGCGUGUCUUCGUCCACGGCGCGAAGAACUAG